GUUUGAGCCCUAACUCUCUCUCUCUCUCUCAUUCUCUCACCCUCUCACUCUCUCUCACUCUACUUUUAAACACCCGAUUUCAAGACGACAUGGGCGACUCGCUCACGUUCAAGAUUGUGCUGCUGGGCGAAGGCUGCGUCGGCAAGACCUCUCUCGUUCUUCGUUACUGCGAAAACCGAUUCGUCGACAAGCACAUUUCUACACUUCAGGCCUCGUUCCUCACUAAGCGGCUCAAUAUUGGUGGCAAGCGCGUCAAUCUGAACAUUUGGGAUACGGCUGGCCAGGAACGCUUUCACGCAUUGGGACCGAUCUACUACCGCGACAGCAAUGGUGCAAUUCUAGUGUACGAUAUCACCGACGAGGAUUCGUUCCAGAAGGUUAAGAACUGGGUCAAGGAGCUCAAAAAGAUGCUCGGUAACGACAUUGCGCUCGUGAUUGCGGGCAACAAGAGUGAUUUGGAAAAGCAUCGCACCGUCAGCGCCGAGGCUGCCGAACAGUACGCUGCAAGCGUUGGUGCUCGGCACUUUUACACCUCUGCCAAGCUAAGCAAAGGCAUUGAGGAGUUGUUCUUGGAUUUGUCAAAACGUAUGAUCACCGAAGCAGACAAGCGAGGCGGCACGUCGACCGUGGGUCGCAAGACGGCGAUUGUGGUUGACGAUGAUGUCGCACCAAAGGCACAAUCCGGAGGUUGCUGCUAGCAGUUUUAUCACUGUUCCAGUUCCAUGUUGUUUGUUUGUUUGUUGUUUUUUUCGCUCUCGUGCUGUUUCCGUGUUCCAGUUUUGUCUUUGUAGGUUUUUUUUUUUGUUUGUUUGUUUGUUUGUUUGUUUGUUUGUUUGUUUGUUUGUUUGUUUGU